AUGAUCAAUCAUUCAAUUCCUCUACAAAAUGAACGUAUAAAACGUCGUCAUUUCGUUCUACUUGCACUAAUAUUUCUUAUUUCAAUAUCGAGUUUACUAAUGAUCUAUAUUUUAUUUCCAAAUAUUGAUCCUGAAGAAAAAAGUGCUUUUAAAAUUCCGAAAACAAUUGAUGAUGCAAAAAUUCUUGGCAAUGUCUUAUAUAAAUAUAGUAAACAUCAUCGAUAUAUAAUAAUGAUUGCUUUCUUUUUGACUUAUAUUUUUUUACAAACAUUUGCUAUCCCAGGUUCAAUAUUUUUAAGCAUUUUAGCUGGAUUUCUUUAUCCAUUUCCUGUAGCACUAUUUCUUGUUUGUUUAUGUUCAGCAUUGGGUGCUAGUUUUUGUUAUUUACUUUCAAAAUUAUUUGGCCGACGUAUUUUAUUAAAAUAUUUUCGAAUGAGAAUUAUUGAUUGGCAAAGAAAAGUUCAAAAACAUUCAGAUAGUCUUUUAUGGUUUAUGAUUUUUCUUCGUAUAACACCGAUUUUACCAAAUUGGUUUAUAAAUCUUAGUUCACCUAUUAUUGAUGUACCAUUAAAACCAUUUUUUCUUGGUACAUUUGUUGGUGUUGCAUUACCAUCAAUAUUAUUUAUUCAAGCAGGUAAAACAAUUCAUCAAUUAUCAUCACCAUCGGAUGUUUUUUCUUGGAGUUCAAUAUUAAUGUUAUCUUGUUGCGCAAUAUUAUCACUUCUUCCAAUUUAUUUUAAAAAUCAAAUUGAAAAAUUUUUUAAAAGACAAAAUUAA